AUGACGCCGGCGGGCUUGAUGCGUACGCUUCUGCCACGACACUUCUUCCAGCGAACGUCUCCCGCCGCGGUCAACGUCGGCGUUGCGAGGACAGCAGCACAGCGCAAUCGACCAAGAUGUGACCCACGAUGUUGCAUGCGUGACUGCAGAUGCUUCGCGCAGGUCCACGACAUCGAUAAGCUGAACCGCGAUGUCUACUUUAUUUCGACCCCUCCCCGAUACAACCUCCCGAGCGAACCCCCGAAGGGGCCAGACGAACGAACGUUACAGCUGGGCAAGACCGUGCGGACAUUACACGAGAGACUACCGACGCUCCUACAGUCACCGUUGCCGUCGGACAUCCUCUCACCCAAUAUAAGCCUGCACCUGUUCCCAUCGACCCAUCCGCAUCUGCCCACAGUGUCCGGGCGCCUUGCAUAUGUGGCAGCAUUGUGGACAGCGCCAGUGGCCUGGGGUCGUGUGCCGUUGGUCGGUAACGUCAAGCUGACGAUCCUAUCUGAGCGAAUGGUGAAGAAUGGUGGUUCAUCUAGUCCAGUUGGUAGCAGGGACGAGAAGUUGAUUGUCAAAUGGAAGACGUGUGGCAAGACCAAGGCUAGAGAUGGCACGGGUGGUGCAUAUCGAGAUCAGAAGAUUGGCAGCAGGGAUCCAGUGGACAAGAUUCGUGACUUUAUUUCGGGAACCACAAUUGCAAGCUCGAAGGACAACCUGAACCUGUCCGACGAGACGGACGGCGAGUUCACCGGCCUCUUCAUCUUCGAGUUCGACAAAGAUGGCAAGAUCCUCAAACACGUCAUCGAGCACACGGAAGAAGGCGGUAGAUGGGACAGCAUGACGCGAGUCGUCAGCGUGACCGACUGGUUGCUAGGCAAUCUGAGCGGCAGGAAGAGGGAGGAGAGGCUACCUGAGCUGGCGUGGUGCGAAGAGAGGCCGACGGGCUGGAGAAUACGGAUUGUGGAUAGGAGUCAUCGGCAAUGA